AUGUUCAGCAGACGACCCUGUUUCAGCAAGCAGCCUUUGGCAUUCCUUAUCCGAACGCCGCGAUCCAACAUUCGAAAUGUAGAACAUAUCGACUUACCAUUCCCUUGCCAAACCGAAUUAUGGGAAAGUUCUGGGAUUGAAGAAUGGGCUGGAUACUCCAGGGCAUCAAAGUCACUAACUCUCUCCUCUGCUGCAAGGCGAAUUAUUCGCCAAAAUGACAGCACACUGAAACUUGAUACAUUUCAAUCAAACCUGAUUCUUUCCUAUUCUUUGCUUACGAAUAUGCGAUCGAUAGAUCUGGAGCAAACGCUAGAGGCUUUUAUUAGGAGGAUGAAGCAGGGGACGGUCGCAAAAGAACUCGUACAAUGUAGUGAAGCAUGCGGCCCUGUAACCCAUCCAAGCCAAACACUCUUCGCAUAUCACGCACUCCUCGCAGCAUAUCGUGCUCCGCUCAAAGCUAUUCUAAUAGUUAGCGGCGAAUCUUGGCUCUAUAAUGGGAAACUCACGGACCAAGCAGAAUAUCACCAAUAUCACCAGGCCAAGAUUCACCAGGCCAAGAAGGCAUUAAUAUUGGGACAUACUCCAGGGUUAAUUUCUCCAAAUACGGGCCUCUCAUUAAACGUUCAUGCGCAAUCCGGUAACGAUAUACACCGAACCGAAAACGUGUAUUCUACACCUGGGUCUCAGAUUGAACAGCGUGCGAUACUGUCACAGUCCAAUGAAGCAGGUCCAAUAACAGCAUUGCACGCCAAUUGGACACUCCUCUCCAAGAACAUAUGUAUCUACAUUGAAGCUGCUUGCUCCAUCACGGCCCCGAAUUUCGCGCAGGAGGUUAUGGUUUUGGUUCUUAAGGGCCUGUUCGGUGACCCCGUCCAGGGGCGUAUAAGUCCGUACAGUGCCAGCUUGUACGGCCCUGGACAGCUCUGGCCGGGGUUAUACAUGCUAACCUGGCCGGAUAAGGCCUUCUGUUCAGUAGAUUCUGUGUAUAACUUCAUACAACUUGUCAAGCAUGCCAAGCUGACAGUUAGAUUCAUAUUAUAGAGUUCAAUAGUGUAUUUAGUUGAAAAAGUGAUAG